CUAUUUAAAAAAUUAAAAAAUCAUAUUUGAUGCUGCUGUACAAAUAUAUUUUUGUGUUGUAUGUAAACAUCUCAAUGACUGAAUAUAGUUUAUAUACUUUCGUUCUAAAAUCCUGUUUGAAACUAAGUACGUUGGCGAUGUAGCAGAGCUACAGCGCUAUGUUUUUAGUAAUAGAAAUCAACAUACCUCCACUGAUCAAUACUUCGGGUUGAUUCAGUUCACAAGAUACAACAGCUUUCCACUAUUGUCCAGAAUUUAACAUUUUAUUUCUUCUAAAGUUUGGAAUUAUUCAACGUUCGAAAAUCCAAAUUUUAUAUAGAUAAGUCAGUGUGCCAAUAGCAUCACCGUGAUCUUCCAUAUUGACCUGAGACUGGGACACUAGUAAACCUAAAAUAGAGAGAAAAGACUUGAGUACUGUCGGGUAUGCUAGAAAAAUGCUUUUCUGGCUUCAUUUAAUAAAUACGAGUCUUAGGACUAUAAAAAAACAUAUAUCAAAAUAACGCAAAUUGACCUAAUCUAGCCUGUCCUAAAUGACACUGUGACUACCCUUAAAAUGUACUUUUACAAGUAAAAUAAUGAUAAACUUAGAAAAUAUUUGUGUGUUGUCAUGCAUGUAUGAAACGGCCUAUAAUCUGAGGUAAUUACCUAACACCUGUCCCGAGGUGAUGACCUCACACAGUCCCGUGCAUUCUCACAGGUGCAAAUGUCACCCGAGUUGGGGGUGGUCUCAAAAUAUUGCUGUUAUUGUACUUAAUUGACAUGUGCGUUGAUUGGGUAGCAAUUUAGGAUAUGUACUGCAUUAUAUUUGCUUGGAAACAUGAUGGAAUAGUUUAAAGCUAUGACACAGGAUGAGUAUUGGGAGGUUGCAUGGCAUAAUUCAAAAUUCAAAAUUUGUUCUCCAGAUUAAGUAAGCAACCCCAAAAGCCCCCCUAAGUUGCCUCACCUUUUCGGACAUACCCUUUUCCACCAAUCACUAAAUGGUCUGGCGGGCCCGGGCGCGAAAUACACAUGUGUCGGAAAGCGCACGUUAAAUUCCCAAUUUAUGUAAGUAAGGAAGGCUGCAGUUUUGGAUUCAAGAAGUAUUUGUUGUUCUACAGAUGAUUUCUUGAGGUAGCAUUUAUCUCUACUGAUGACGUAUAUGAAUCUGUACUUUUAAAUGUUGUGUUAUGUCUUGCCACGAACCCUUUACACUUAGCCAAGAUAGGCACAAGAAGGUUGAGCUCACAAUGUCUGACUGGCGUACGUGAGACAAGACAACGUGACAGUGUUGUGCCACCAACACAUGUCUUGUACUUUACUGGUUUCUUAUUCAGACGAAUUUUCUGCAUGAGUUGACCUUUAGUUUCAGAUGGUCUGACGUCGACAAUGUCAUAUUCCAGUGUGGACGUCUUCAGGCUACUCAUGGUUGGGGCGACAGCAUCUGAUUCCCGGACGUAAUAUUAACUGGCAUUAUCCAUGACAAUGACACUGACGUUGUUUAAAAUGUCGAAAAUGUUGUUCCUUUUUCGCCUCGAAAACAAGCACAAAUCCAUCAAUAAGCCCCAUAUCUUGGGUUGCGGCAUGCAAAACAAUGUCACGAUCACCUGAUGGUACCAUGGGUGCUUAUUUCCAUCUGCCAACUGCCAUUUGUAGUCAGUGGAGUGAUUCUUCAAGGUAAAUUAUCUGGACGCCCUGACUGUGAUAGUUAUGAAUGGUCCGGAGAUAAUGUGACCUCAUAGACAGGAUGGAAUAUUAUCCCCUGGAAACUGCUCGGUCAUUGCCACGCGCAGUGUAUCGAGAUCCCAUCUCAUGGAGAGCAAUAGUUAGUGCAGUCUGGGAAACAUUAAUUGUAUCUUUAAAUCCUCAUGAAUUCUACUACAAGUCGGGGGUACCUUCUGCCCAUAAAGCUUGUACACUGUACGCCUAAUCACCCUGUUUCAAAGCUGUCUAAUGUACUUUUACGUCCCGGUUUUGUUUUUGAGACCACCCCUAUACUUGUUUUGUUUUCUUAUCAUACCUUAGACUUUGUGGUAUGAAUUGAUAACCCCGAAGCUUGGGCAGUUCGGUAUCUAAAUUAAUUAAUGGUUCCCCUCCGUCUCUCUAAAGUGUAAAGAAUGUGUAUACAUUUCCUAGUACAGACUCCAUGUCGUGGACCAUGGCAAUGGCUAUGGCUAUGCAAGUGUAAUGUAACAUGCAUCAUGGGAGCAGUGUUGACAAAACAAACGCAGCCUCAUUUUGUCAUUUUGCACAUCUAGAAUUUUCUACCAUUGAUUUUUGUGUGUGUAUUAAAUGUUUUUAUGAAGACUUCAUUAUUAUCAUUAUAACGGAGUCACAUGCGCAAAUUUCAAUAGUCCGUUUCAGACUGACAUCAUUGGACUUUCUGUUUUCGUUCAAAUUUGUCUCCUGUAAACUUGUUGAUAGGACUCCUUGUGACUGAAGUACUUCAAACCUUCAUUUCAAUAACAACAGUUUGUGAAAAAUUAUAUCCAUUUAACAGGCAAAAGCAGUUUUCUAGCAUUUCUGACAGUAGUUUAAACAUAAUUCCUGAUAUUAACCACUGAAAAAGAAAACACCAGCUGCAUUCAAUAUUUACACUUUUUAUGUAACCUUUUCUCAAGUUAUAUCUUAAUGUACAUUAUAAGAUGUAGCAGUAUCAGGGCUUGAUGCUGUUUUAUGCGUCCUGCGUUGAGUUUUAUAUCAUGAGCCAAGAUAUUAAUGACUCGCACAGAAGUCCAUGUGGUUUUUUUGUGGCGGGAUAUACAGGAUUUAUUCUCCCACUCAGAAAUUGAUUUAGUUUAUCAAGAUCAUGUGAACAAAUCAGAUUAACAUCCUGGUAUGCAGUUAAGAUAAUCGUCAUUGUCUAAGCCACCAUAACACCCAGCAAUCUGUGACACAACCUACAACAAAAAUAAAUCAUGUUCACAUUUGGUGUUACUUUUCAGUAUUGCUACUUCUAGGCUACACAUUUUGACGUUGCUGUUCGGAGGAUUCCAUGAUAUUCCGAACUGCCAAAGAAAUACGACUGUUUUCAUUAUGAAAAAAUGAAAAGGGUGGUUGUAGUCGGUCAAAACUGACAUGAAAUACAUGCGCAGGCCUAAGAAGUGUAGCAUUUGGUCAGUUACCCUAUUUCGCAUUGAAGGAAUGAUUUAAAUCGAGUGCUCAAAUGCACCUUUACUGAAGUCGAUUGGAUGCAUAAUGAACUGUUGCUCAUGUUGUUUGUUUUGUUUGUUUGUUGUUUAACGCCACACUCAGCAAUAUUCCAGCUAUAUGACGCUGGUCUGUAAAAUCAAGUACCAGACAAUUCAGUGAUUUACAUCAUGAACAUCGAUCCACGCAAUUUGGAUCGAUGACAUGCAUCAACCAAGUCAGCGAGCCCAUUGGACAAGUAUAUACACACUCACAUAUGUAUUUGACAGAGCGCCAAAAUGUUUGCCUUAUGAUGUACAAUAGUGGACAGUAAUACUACUUAGGAUAAUUAAUGACAUCUUUAAAAUAUCUAUUGCGUUUCUUAAGUGCUAAGAAAAUAUAUUUCCCUAGACUGUUAAGUAAAGGCGGAUUCGAGCUUGAGAAUAGAAUUUUACGUUUUUGCUGGUUUGGAUGGACAGAAUAAUACUUUGGUAAAAUGCUGUCUCUUAAAUCUGCAUAGAAUGGACAUUGGAGCCAAACUUCUCCAAUACCAUACUUAUAUAACAAGUUUUAUAACAUCAUAAGCUCAGUAUUUUUCCCCAUUUCGGCAUUACUGAACUCGAAGUGGUAGCAUACUUAAGAAUACUAUUUGAUUUUUGGCUCAGCAAUCGCAACCAAUAAGUGAUUAUUUUCUUAUAUUGAAAACCUUCACAGAAAAUCGACCAACCUCCCCUCUCGCAGCUUUAUUCGGGGUUUGACUAAUUUACAAAAUCUGUCAUGAAUUAUAUCAACAUCUAGGGAUGGGUGCAAACCCCAUACCUCAGAUCCAUAUAAUAAGAUUGGCAUGAUUUUAAUAUCAAAGACAUGAAGCUGUAUUCUUAUAGGAAGUUUUUGAAACAUAAAGUGGACAGCCAGAAGUGACCGCCCCUUGCUAAUACCGACACAUUCAUCGCCAACAUCUACAGAAUUGGUUCCGAACUACCACAUGGACAGCUGCAAAGUUACCUGUUUUGGAAAUAUCCAAACAUUUGUUACUUGCGUUUCUUUUGCGGAUCAGUAUAUUUAUAUUCCGUUUGUUUCAGUGCUAAUGUCUUGCCUGUAUGUAUAUCAAUAUCACCUGUGCAUUGCUUGAGUUGAGGAGCAUAUGAUCUUUAUCCUUUCAUUGACAAUAUGACAAGUGUAAAUAUUUCCAAGAUAAUUGGGGAGUGUUGUUCUGGGUGGAAUGAACAGCCCAGCAUAAUUGAAUCACAUGACAAUGGCAACAGUCUUGUGUGAAAUGAAGGUCUAGUCUGCAGUAUACUGAUUGUGGACACCAUGUGAAAUGUGACAGGGCGAUUCACCUUCUGUGUUGAUCUGUUCUUCUUUCCAGAGUGGAAGAUCUUUUGUUUUGUUGGAAGAAAAGUCUAUUUUGUUUCCUAUGUUCUGGCUGUUGUACAAGUUCCAUAUAUACAAGCACUUGAUAAAUUAGCACUGUCAGAAACACAACAAUUUUCAUGGAUGCGGUAAGAAGAAAAAAAGAAUUGAGCAUUUAUUAUCAUUGGCAGUGAAUCAAGUGCUUAUGUAUUUUGGCCAACUUUUGUUUGUUAUCCAGUAAAAUGUCAGUUGAAUACCAAGAUCUGGUUGUUGCAUCAGCCCUUUAUUCUGUCCUCAUUCAAAACAAAGACAAUCAUAUUCUCAAAGCUAUCCAUUUAUGUUACGAAAUACAAAACCUAAUUAACCAUUCACAUCGCAUCGUACUUUUACUCGUGAGUAUGAAAAUUAGAGAAAAUAGCAUGGGCACAAACAACACUCCAACUCCCUACUAUUGAGUUUAAUAAGCAACCUUGGUUUCAAAUUGCCACUUGCUCCUAUAAAACAACUGGACAACUAAUAUGCAAUUGACAUCCUCCCUUAUAAGCUCCAAACACUCUGUCAGUGCAAAGGUAUCGUUUCUUCCUUUUCAUUUAUCAAUACUUAUUCCUAAAAUACAUAUACAUUUUGAAGUGGCAAGUUAAUGAAUAUGGCUGUGGACCAUGUGUCUCCUUGCUGAAAAGACUGGAGUCCUGUAAAAUGGAUAAUUUAGAUCACAGCCUGUUUGUGAAUUUUUACUGUUCAUGUUUUGGGCACCCGGUGUUUAUGGAUAUUUCUUCUGGGAUCAUGUUGAUUGAUUGAUUGUUCGUUGUUUCACUCAACACUCAGCAAUAUUCCAGCUGUAUGACAGCGGUCUGUAAAUAAUCGAGUCUUGACCAGACAAUGCAGUGAUUAACAUCAUGAGCAUCGAUCCACGCGAUUGGAAUCGAUGACAUGCUUCAACCAAGUGAGCGAGCCUGACCACCCCAUCCCAUUAGUCGCCUCUUACGACAAGCAUAGUCGCCUUUUAUGAUACAUGUGGGGCAGUGCGAUUUGGUGGGCUGUUGCCGAUCUUCUCAUUCAUUGGAAUAUUUGGAAAUAAGUUGUCCUCGUGUGUAAUGCACAAAAAUACUUUUUUACAGGACCUUGUGAUAUCCUGAAUAAAAAAACUGUUUAGCUUCUUUCAGAGGAAAAUGCAUUGAAAAAUCUUGAAGCAGUAACAAAAUCUCCAAAUGACAAAUUCAAUCAUGAUAAUAUUUUGCAUUUGAAAGUCUCAAUAUCGUGUAUGCUGCUAUCUUAGCUUGUGCACUGUAACAAUAACUGCCGCAGUACUAAAGGAUUGAAAACUUCUAUGAAGCUUACUUGUUAGUUUUGUACUUGGUGAAUGUAUGUAUCCAUUCAUCAAACUCCUGUCGUUGCCCUGUUGUCCUGCAGGACGGGCCACAACGCCGACCUCAUGUCUGGGAUUGUAAAACAUGGGGGCAGAAAGGCGAGGGAAAGUAUAACAUGAGGGCCAAGCCCGAGGCUCUGUUCCCGAUGGUUUACAAUCCAAAGAAUAACAGAGGAGACGUAUUUUAUCUUGUUUAUCCUAAUAAAUAUAAUAUCAAAAUAAAUGGAUAAAAUAAUUCGAAUGGGGAGCAGAAAACAUAUUGGAGAAACUUGUUCCCCUAUACAGAAGUAGACUCGUCUGGCGCCUAGUUAAUUUCGCACGUGCAACACAACUUUCUUUUGAAACUCGGGUAUUUCUUUCAAACAUAUAUAACUUUUAACUUUCUAUUUAUAAGAAAGUCAUUUAUGUCAUUACCCUUUCUGUGAUAGUAAUACAUGGUUUUUUUUAUGAUGUUGCUUUAGUUGAUACAACAAAUAAGAACUGCAGUGUGUGUGUGUGUGUUAUCAGCACGAGUUGAGGUGAGAUGAAAUGGUUCAAUGUCGAGUGUGUGCUUGUACUUUAGAGUGCGAACCCACCGAGAUACCAUGCCGCAGUUUAACACGGACACCUCACUCAGACACAGUAUACUGACUCCGACCCUAGAAGUCCUUGUUCUGUGAUGUCUUGGUAUGACGCGGGCAGGGGAUUGGCCGAACACACGACAUAACUGAGGCGGCUUUGGUACGAACAGACCGCAUUAUUUUCAAUAAAGCGUUCGAAUUUGUGAGCACUGAAAUCGCCACAUCUCCCAGUAUAUUAUAAUUUAACAAGUAAAAGAAAAGAAAAAGAUCUGGGUCUUUGGAUGGGAAAGCAAUGUUAUUUUUUGAUUGGUUAAAAGUCACAAUUCAUGACAUGAAUCGAACCUGCAACCUCACAUUAUUAUCGUGUUUAGUUUCCUAACUGAGCCACCAGGGUAGAUUAUGAAAGGGUGUUUAAUCCUACAUAUCAUGACUUGAGUUGUGUGCAUGCUGCUUGAGGCCUUUCUCUCGUACGUUUUCAUCCGAAUUCCUUUUAUACCGCGACGCACUGUAUUGUUUCACUAUGAGAUAUUCCGAUGUGUUCUUAUUUUGUCUGGCAUUUCUUGCAUUUAUACGGUUUAUAAGUUGGACAAAAAACCUCCACCCCGGUCUUGACUUAGAAUGUUGGCCCUGGGUAUCGGUCCUCCAUAAUAAUCCUCUGCUUUGGGCUUACUUCUCAGUCAAGAGUCGGUUUUUAAGUGCGAGACGAGGGAGAUUCGAGGCCUUACGUCUACGACUUGACUUGCGACUUAUCCACUGGCCCAGUGCCGUCGGGAUAUCGGAAAACAUCGACUUUUCUGCCGGUUUCGAAUACUGAUUCCCUGAUUCCAGAACGGUGCCUGAUUCCAGCCAUUCAGCUGUGACAAAUACUGGAUAUUUGUGAGCCCACUGACUUUUGUGAUGGGCCCAUUAUUUAUUGCUGUUGCUACAUAUAUGUAAGCCAUUGUAUUGCCUGAUAUGAUUGUUAACUAAUCCGGUGUAUUUCAAUAUGAUGUGUUGAUUGUU